CAGCCCGGCCGGCCCUCCCGCGGGCGGCGCGGCACUCGGGCACCGGGCUCGCUCGGAGCCGCAGCCGCGAGCCCGCCAGCCGGGGCCAUGGGCUGCGACGGCCGCGUGUCGGGGCUGCUCCGCCGCAACCUGCAGCCCACGCUCACCUACUGGAGCGUCUUCUUCAGCUUCGGCCUGUGCAUCGCCUUCCUGGGGCCCACGCUGCUGGACCUGCGCUGCCAGACGCACAGCUCGCUGCCCCAGAUCUCCUGGGUCUUCUUCUCGCAGCAGCUCUGCCUCCUGCUGGGCAGCGCCCUCGGGGGCGUCUUCAAGAGGACCCUGGCGCAGUCGCUGUGGGCCCUCUUCACGUCUUCCCUGGCCAUCUCCCUGGUGUUCGCCGCCAUCCCCCUGUGCCGUGACGUGAAGGUGCUGGCCUUGGUCAUGGCGCUGGCAGGCCUGGCCAUGGGCUGCAUCGACACCGUGGCCAACAUGCAGCUGGUGAGGAUGUACCAGAAGGACUCGGCCGUCUUCCUGCAGGUGCUCCACUUCUUCGUGGGCUUUGGCGCUCUGCUGAGCCCCCUCAUCGCCGACCCCUUCCUGUCUGAGGCCAGCUGCCUGCCCGCCAACGGCACGGCCAACGCCACCUCCAGAAGCCACCUGUUCCACGCCUCCAGGGUGCUGGGCCAGCACCACGCCGAGGCCAAGUCUUGGUCCAACCAGACGCUGCCCGGGCUGUCCCCGAAGGACGGGGUGGGGACCCGAGUGUCCUAUGCCUUCUGGAUCAUGGCCCUCAUCAAUCUGCCAGUGCCCAUGGCCGUGCUGUUCCUGCUGUCCAAGGAGCGGCUGCUGACCUGCUGCCCGCAGAGGACGCCCCUGCUCCUGUCUGCAGAUGAGCUGGCCCUGGAGACACAGCCUCCCGAGAAGGAGGAUGCCUCCACGCUGCCCCCCAAGUUUCAGCAACAGGCAGCGCACGAGGACCUGUUCAGCUGCUGCCAGAGGAAGAACUUCAGAGGAGCCCCGUGUUCCUUCUUCGCCAUCCACGUCACGGCCGCCCUGGUCCUGUUCAUGACGGACGGGUUGACGGGGGCGUACUCCGCCUUCGUGUACAGCUAUGCCGUGGAGAAGCCCCUGUCCGUCGGACACAAGGCGGCCGGCUACCUGCCCAGCCUCUUCUGGGGCUUCAUCACCCUGGGCCGGCUGGUCUCCAUCCCCGUCUCCUCCAGAAUGAAGCCAGCCACCAUGGUCCUCAUCAACGUGGUCGGCGUGGUGAUGACAUUCCUGGUGCUGCUUAUUUUCUCCUACAACGUCGUCUUCCUGUUCGUGGGGACAGCGAGCCUGGGCCUGUUCCUCAGCAGCACCUUCCCCAGCGUGCUGGCCUACACCGAGGACAUGCUCCAGUACAGAGGCUGCGCGACCACGGUGCUGGUGACCGGGGCAGGAAUUGGCGAGAUGGUCCUGCAGAUGCUGGUCGGUUCGAUCUUCCAGGCGCAGGGCAGCUACAGUUUCCUGGUCUGCGGCGUGAUCUUUGGCUGCUUGGCGUUUGCCUUCUACAUCUUGCUGCUGUUUUUCCACAGGAUGCACCCUGGCCCCCCAUCAGUUCCUACCCAAGACAGAUCACUCGGAAUGGAAGGCUCUGAGUGCUACCAGAGGUAAAAGUGGGUGGCGGAGGCAAGCGAAGACUCCCAGCCCCCCGAGCGCCAAGGCCGCCAACGUGUUUGAGACAGCUGGGGGUGGCAGUGGACGCGACCUCUCAACGACGUCGUCCAAAUCUUCUCUGCUUAUACUUGAUCGGGUAGAAAAAAAAUUGAGUCCUGGUACCUGGAUCAGAAUCAUUAGAA